AUGAGUGACUGGAUUCACUGUAAUGUAUGCAUUCGCAUGCCAUCUCAGGGUAACGAACAACAUCCAUUUUAUUUCACAUCAUGUGGUCAUAUUAUUUGUGGUAAAUGCUACGAAACAGCUCCUCAGGGUCAUUGCAUGCGAUGUAGCAAGCAUGCCAAUGCAGUGAAAAUUAAUCGAAAUCUUCGGAGCGAUUUGCAAAUGUAUUUUCGAAAUCCAAAAGAAUUACUGGACCAAUAUGUGAAAAAUUUGAAUGCAGUUUUGGAUUUUCAAAGUAGCCAUCGUCAGCAUUUGCAAAAAGCCAAACAGGAACAGGCAGGUAGUUCGCAUGAAUCAAUACAAAAGAAAGCAAUGAAAUACGUAAUAUCGGCACAACUCGCAAUGAAGCAGAAGACUGAAAGGGAAAGGAAAGCUUUGGCUGAAAAGGAUUCAUUGGUAAGAGAAAUCGAAAAACUUCGACAUCAUGCUCAAAAACUGGAACAGAUGUUGGCUACCAGCGCUGUUUCACGCAAUAGUCCUCAUUCAGCUGGACGAAGUACAGGAAGUAGCCUAGCUUCUACAGAAAGAAGUGGUGGAGGUUGUUCGGGGCGUUUUGCGACCAGUACUCCUAUCAGCGAUUGUUUGGAAACGGGCGGUUUUAAGUUGGGUGGAGACAAUCGUUCACUUAGCCGUGUAGCUGCUGCUUUUUCUCGCAGUGGUAUAGAACCAAGUCCUAUUGCAUUAUCUACUGCUGCCAUUACAACGCCUGAUAUGCUGGGCUUAAGAAAACAACGCUCGGAGAAAAUCGAAAAAAACUGGUUGAACGGAAACGGAGCAACACCGAAUCGCAUGUUUUCGUAG